AUUGACUCUCAGACCAAUAAAAAGCUACUAAAAACGAGAGCUAUCCACACUUUAAAUUAGCUUUGCACCUGGUAAUAAAUCAUGGAGCCAAUAUGUCAUUCCUUAUGAAGUCUGCUUCAUAUUAUGACGUAUGUCGCGUUACGAGGUCGUUAGUCAGCUGUGAACGAGCGACAGCGCGUGACGUAUACUUGUCGUCACGCGCUGUCCGCUUUACGUAAAAUGCCGUCUUGUGUGGUAAAGUUCUGUAGAAACAAUAGCACACAUCAAACCAAGUCCCUUGGGGUUACUUUCCACAGAUUCCCACCUGAGACGGAUUGGAAAGAGAAAUGGAUUAAAGCAUUACGCGACAAUAGAAAAGAAGAGGAAUGGACGCCAUCGAAAUUCAGCGUAGUUUGUUCUUUACACUUUCUAGAAUGUGAUACGUAUAUGACCAAAGGAGGUUAUCGGAAAAUUAAGAAAGAUGCUGCGCCUAAAAAGAUGUUCCUCAAAGAUUCCGAAUGGUUUGAUAAAAUAGAGCCACCAAUUGUACACGUAUGUGACCAACACGACACACAUGAAGAAGAAAAGUCAAAGAAAGAACAAGAGCCACAAAAUGGCCAAGAUUUACAGACGGAUCCAUUAAUGCCGGAUCUUGAUAUCGAAGAGAUUGAUCUCAUAAGUGCGGAGUGGUGUCAAGAAAUGGAGGAAUUGGGUAUUACCACUGAAUCUUUGGCAGCUCUACUGGACGAGUGCUACAGUGAUAUCGAAAACGAAUUCGACGAUAUAGAUACCGAACAACCGAACGCUGUAGACGACCAAAAUAUCAACAAAGGAAGCUCUGAUACCGUCGUCCAUAAGAAGUGUGAUUGUAGCAAAAAACAAAAGAAACUUCGUAAGAAAAGAACUUUACAGGAACUGAAGGAGCGAUUCAAGGUGUCUUACAAAAUUCGCGUAAAGAAAAGUAAAUUACAACUGCUAAGGGAAAAAUUGACAGCCUUAAAACGAACGAUGAGACGCUGAAGAUUGAUUUAAAAGACUUGAAGAGAGGAAGGGAUAGGAUCUAAAUAUCUUUGUUAUUAUUUAUUACUUCUAUAAGCGAGAUUGUUCGCGUGGAAGUUAUUUUAUUAGUUAAUUUUUUUAGUAUAAUAAAUAAUCAAUUGUAAUUUAAUGUUUUUUCAACUAUGAUAAAUCAAUUCUCGAUGUAAAUGUACCUAACUAUGUAACUAUAUGUCGUUUAGCUAAUAAAACAAUUGAUAAAACAAAACUCUUUUACUUAGAACUGACUAAAAUUUUGAGUAAAUAUUGAAAAAAUAAUUGCAACAAGUCUUAUUAUUUUUGUUGG